GCGAUGGGGAUAGUGUGAGCUUUUCAGCCUUGGCAGGACUCGUUGAACCAGGAACCUCUGCCUUGAGAAGGUUUAUAUAUAAGUCCUCGGGUUGUCCGACCUAUUCGCAUUCAGUUCUUUCUGCCCAUCACUCUCACGUUCUUUCAACUCUAAACCAACUACUACAUUCAUUCUUUACUUUUUCGAGUGUAUAUAUACUCUUGUUCAACAUGCAGUUCCUUAAAUUCGGCCUGGUGCCUUUGUUGGCCGCCCUCCCCGGCGCUCUCGCCUGCAACGGCUACACUGGCGGAGUCCCCAAGGCGACCGGUACCGUCACCUCCAAGUCUUACAUCGAGAUCAAGGCUGGUCAGGUCUACGACGGAAAGUGGCAGCGCUUCGACCGCGGCUCCGGUGCCUGCGGUGGACAGUCCGAGGGUGACUACAAGGAUUCUGUUUUCUACAUCCAGGCCGGCGGUACCCUGAAGAACGCCAUCAUUGGCAAGAACCAGGCCGAGGGUGUUCACUGCAACGGACACUGCACCCUCGAGUUUGUUUGGUUCGAGGACGUCUGCGAGGACGCCAUCUCCAUCAAGAACGACAAGGCCGGAACCCAGACCUGGAUCGUCGGUGGCGGUGCGUACCACGCUUCUGACAAGGUCAUCCAGCACAACGGCUGCGGUACCGUCAACGUGAUCAACUACUACGUCGAGGACUACGGCAAGCUCUACCGCUCUUGCGGAAACUGCAAGACUCAGUGCAAGCGCAACGUCUACAUGGAGGGCGUCACCGCCAAGAACGGUGGCGAGCUUUCCGGCAUCAACCUGACUUACAAGGACACCGCCACCCUCAAGAACGUCUGCGCCGACGCCAAGACCAAGUGCCAGAUGUACAACGGCUGUACUGGUGGCUGCGAGCCCUCCAAGGCUGGCACCUGCUCUGGCUAAGCUUUUGAAGCAUGCUUAAAGACAUUGUUGCUCAUUGCCCAAGCGGUGGUGCGAACAUACAGAGAAACAAUGGAGUGUUCAAACCUGAGCUACUCCUAGUCUAUUUGACUUCUUGUACAUAAUAUAUAUUACCGUGUGGGAAACCACGUACUUACUUACACUAUUCACUAUCUCAAGGGCUUUAUGAUAGCCCGG